CUUCCAAAUGCUUGGAGAAUGUUUGGGUGGGUCGUACAAGGACCCGGAAUAUCUUCGGGAUCUAGCUGAUUCAGCCAAUCAAAUUUUACUGUGCAGAAGCUUGCCUAUGAAUUUUAUCGUCCAAGCUUGAUAACUAAAGAGACCCCACCAAAACUCUUUAAUCGCAACCUGAGAAGAGUUUCGUCAGUGAAUGCCGACCAACACCAGUAAGAAAAAGUUAACGAUUCCACCAUAUCCACAAACCAUUGUCACCACUUUCCGCUAUAGACAAUGCCGGGACGAACAACAACUCACGAUGAUGCGUCGGAAGACGUAGACACAUCCAUGAACGAUGCUCCCACCUCGGCGCAACAACCCAUUGAAGAACAAGAUGGUAGCAAUGCUAUGGAGGAAGAUCAAUCGGACAACGAGGAUCCUUUUGAGGAAGAGGAGGAACCCCAGCGAGUCCGAAUUCUCCCUGGAUCUUCCGAGACCGCGGCUUCUUUCGAGUUCCUAAAGGAGGGCCACACACUCGGCAACGCUUUGCGAUAUAUUAUAAUGAAGAACCCCGACGUCGAGUUUUGCGCAUACGCCAUUCCUCAUCCCUCCGAAGACAAGAUGAACCUGAGAAUCCAAACAUAUGACACCACAACCGCUGCCGCCGCGUUGGCUAAAGGUCUACAAGAUCUUGAAGAUUUGUGCGAUGUUGUGGCUGAUGAGUUCUGGACUCAGCGCGAAAGAUUCGAGGCAAACCCAGAACAGGCUCGCAAGAGGCAGGAAGAGGCAGAACGGCGGAGACAGGCGGCAGCAGAAGCUAAGGUUGGAGAAUAAGUUGGCAUGACAAAACACGGAUAAAAUAGCAUUCGCGGCGUUCGGAGUCUGACAGAUAGCCUCCUAGGUGAUAAAUUUUGCUUCUGGUCUUGCUAUGUACAAUAUAGUGAGACGAUACCCAUUUCUAAUUGCGACCCUGAGAUGCUGUUAGCCAAGAGUUUUCCAGGUGUCUGCGUAGAGAAA